AUGGGGCUACCGGCGCUGGAAUUCAGCGAGUGCUGCCUGGACAGCCCGCAGUUCCGGGAGCGGCUCCGCUCGCACGAGGCCGAGCUGGAGAAGACCAACAAGUUCAUCAAGGAGCUCAUCAAGGACGGGAAGUCGCUCAUCGCCGCCCUCAAGAAUCUGUCAUCGGCCAAGCGCAAGUUUGCAGAUUCCCUCAACGAGUUUAAGUUCCGCUGCAUCGGCGAUGCUGAAACAGACGACGAGAUCUGCAUAGCCAAGUCCCUGCAGGAGUUUGCCACGGUGCUGCGGAACCUGGAAGAUGAGCGGAUGCGCAUGAUCGAGAAUGCCAGUGAGGUGCUGAUCACGCCGCUGGAGAAGUUCCGCAAGGAGCAGAUCGGUGCUGCUAAGGAUGCCAAAAAGAAAUACGACAAGGAGACUGAGAAGUAUUGUGGUGUCCUAGAAAAGCACUUAAACUUGUCUUCCAAGAAGAAGGAAUCCCAGCUCCAGGAGGCAGACAGCCAGGUGGACCUGGUUCGGCAGCAUUUCUACGAGGUGUCCCUGGAGUAUGUCUUCAAGGUGCAAGAGGUCCAGGAGAGGAAGAUGUUUGAGUUUGUGGAGCCCCUGCUGGCCUUUCUGCAGGGGCUUUUCACCUUCUACCACCACGGCUAUGAGCUUGCAAAGGACUUCAGCGACUUCAAGACAGAGCUGACCAUCAGCAUCCAGAAUACAAGGAAUCGCUUUGAAGGGACGAGGUCAGAGGUUGAAUCGCUGAUGAAGAAGAUGAAGGAGAAUCCUCAUGAGCACAAAAACAUCAGUCCUUAUACCAUGGAGGGAUAUCUCUACGUCCAGGAGAAACGUCACUUUGGGACCUCCUGGGUGAAGCAUUACUGCACGUACCAGCGGGAAUCCAAGCGGAUAACGAUGGUGCCAUUUGACCAGAAAUCUGGAGGAAAAGGGGGAGAAGAUGAAGCAGUUAUCCUGAAAUCUUGCACACGGCGGAAAACCGACUCCAUUGAGAAGAGGUUCUGCUUUGAUGUGGAAGCCGUGGAUCGGCCUGGUGUGAUCACUAUGCAGGCGCUUUCGGAGGAGGACCGAAGGCUUUGGAUGGAGGCGAUGGAUGGCCGGGAGCCGGUCUACAACUCGAACAAGGACAAUCAAAGCGAAGGCACUGCCCAGUUGGAUAAUAUCGGCUUCAGCAUUAUCAAGAAAUGCAUACACGCUGUUGAAACAAGAGGGAUCAAUGAACAAGGGCUCUACAGAAUUGUUGGAGUAAACUCUAGAGUUCAAAAGCUGUUGAGUAUAUUAAUGGAUCCGAAAACUGCCACUGAAACAGAAACUGAGAUCUGUGCAGAAUGGGAGAUAAAGACCAUCACUAGUGCCCUGAAAACGUACCUGAGAAUGCUUCCGGGGCCGCUCAUGAUGUACCAGUUUCAAAGGAGCUUCAUCAAAGCAGCAAAACUGGAGAAUCAGGAAUCCAGGGUGUCAGAGAUCCACAGCCUCGUUCAUCGGCUCCCGGAGAAAAACAGGCAGAUGCUGCACUUGCUCAUGAACCACUUGGCAAAAGUUGCAGAUAACCACAAGCAGAACCUGAUGACUGUUGCUAAUCUGGGUGUGGUAUUUGGGCCAACGCUGCUUCGACCCCAAGAGGAAACAGUUGCUGCCAUUAUGGACAUCAAGUUUCAGAACAUUGUGAUUGAAAUUUUAAUAGAAAACCAUGAGAAGAUAUUUAACACUGUGCCGGAGACACCGCCGUCGAACUCACAGCUGCUGCUGUCCCGCAAGAAGAGCACGGACUCGAAGCCUCCAUCGUGCAGUGAGCGGCCGCUCACCCUGUUCCACACCGCGCAGCCCAAUGAGAAGCAGGAAAACAGGAACAGCAUCAUCAACUCCAGCCUGGAAUCCGUCAUCUCUUCAAAUGUAAACAGCUUCCUCAACUCCAACAGCGCGCCCCAGUCCAACCUGAACUCAAGUGAUCUCGAACUAGAAGUAAUUAAACCCAACAGGCCAAAUUCACUCCCUCAGAAUCCAAGCCCAACGUCACCCCUCUCACCGUCCUGGCCCAUGUUCUCCGCGCCAUCAAGUCCUAUGCCCACCUCCUCUACGUCCAGCGACUCAUCCCCCAUCAGCUCGCCGUUGCGGAAAGCCCGGGCUUUGUACGCCUGCAAAGCAGAACACGACUCGGAGCUCUCCUUCACAGCGGGCACUGUGUUUGACAACGUGCACCCGUCGCAGGAGCCCGGCUGGCUGGAAGGGACGCUCAACGGGAAGACCGGGCUCAUCCCCGAGAACUACGUGGAGUUCCUAUAACUGUGCCCGCGAGCGGGACUGCUGAGCGUUCCAUGGUAUCCAUGGCAUCGCUGGCUCGCGUGCUGGGAGCGCUUGGCCCGGUGUGCGGCGUGGGGCGAAGGGCUCCCCAUGGCCACGGACGCGGUGUGGGUGUGGGCGCUGCUCCGUGCACAGCGCUGCAUCCCCAGCCCCGAGCCCCCGCCGCCACCAGGACAGCAGCGAAGCGGCGGCCUGCGGCUCUGGGGGAGCGCGCCUGCACACUGCCCCAACCGGCGCCGCUGUCCCCACUGCUGCAGUGCUCGUGAGCUGCAAGGAGCAUCGUCAGCCGCAGGCCCGGAGCCCAACCUACGCUCUGCCCGGCGCAGGAGAAGCCUCCAGCAGCGAGGAGCCCCCGGCCGGCCCGCAGCCCCCCGCUCCGCAGCAACGUGAUGGCACCGAGCCCCCUGUGUCCCCGCCUGGCCGGCGAGGGCGGGCGGCCGUCCCGGACCAACCCCUCUGACUGUUUCCUUUUGUAUUUAGGUUUAUGUUUACACAAGGUAAACAUCUGCGACGUGUGCAGCCGCGUUUCCUUCCCGCGGGGCGAGACGCGGCUCCGAUAAAUCCCGCUCCCUUUGGCCGCUGCUCGUCUCCGCUCCCCGCUGCAGGGCACAGCCCGCUCCCCCCGCUGCUCCGUGCUGUCCCUCAUCUGCUGUGCCAACCCGCGAGGUGAAGGGCGCGUGCCUGGAAGGGCUCCUGGCUGGGGGACCGGCCCGCAGCCUCCGGACAGCGAACGGCGGCUCUGCGCCCUGCGCCCGCCUCGGGAAGGACGCGCGUGGCCCCGCUGCACCUCUCACCCCUCGCUUUGUUUGCGGGAGGAGGGUGGGAGAGGGGCCCUGCAGAGCUGGACCUGCAGGCACCCGCCGGGAGCCGGGGUGGUUCUAUUUUGUGAUAGAAAACGGUGAAGGAAAACCCAGCCCGUGGGCAGAGAGCUGCGCGCUGGCGGUGGGAUGGGGUCUUUUUUGUCUUUUUGUAAUAAUUUUAAAGCCUGUGAGUGACUGGAUUGCUGUAUGUAUGUGUCACUUUUUAUUUUUGGAAGAAUUAAUGUAUAAAUAGAGUAUCUUAAAAUAUAA